UCUCUUCCAGGGCACCUCAGUGCUUCCAGCCGUGCCAAGACACUGAGCCGCCCAGGAACAGGAGGAAAAGAACUCACCGAGCUCCGCGAAAGCUGCAUGUUCUGGCUGUAGGGCCGGCGGUGAGACACGGCCUCUGCCCCCGCUGGAACAAAACCACCGGCCGCGCUCCCCAGCCCCACCAUGGCACCACCUUUGUUCUUGUCACGGGGAGCCCUGCCCAGCUUGGCUUACCACAGGCUGGCCGGUAGCAGCCCCGGCAUCGUCUUCCUCUCGGGGUUCCAGGACACCAGGGCGAACCCCAAGUGCCUGGCCCUGGAGCAGUUCUGCCAGGAGUCGGGACGGGCUUUCCUGAGCUUUGACUACACGGGCUGCGGCAGCUCGGACGGGUGUUUUGAGGAGUGUUUGAUCGGCCACUGGAAAAACGAUGUCCUAACGGUGCUGGAUGAACUCACCAGCGGGCCACAGAUCCUUGUUGGUGUCAGCAUGGGAGGCUGGCUCAUGCUCUUAGCAGCCCUGGAGCGGCCAGGGAGGGUGGCUGGGCUGGUGGCUACAGCAAUCGGGGCUGAUGUCUUCAUAACCAAGUACAGAGAGCUUCCUCCGGAGGUGAAGGGCGAAGUGGAGCAGACGGGAGUCUUUAACUACGUGAUGGCUGGGGCCAGGUCUGUGCUACUUAAGCGGGAGUUCUUUACGGAGGCGGAAGAGCACAGUGUGCUGGGGCGCCCGUCCAUCCCCAUCACCUGCCCCGUCCGGCUGCUCCACGGCAUGCAGGACCAGCUCGUACCGUGGGGCACGGCCCUGCAGGUGGCUGAGCAGCUGGAGAGCCAGGAUGUCCGCCUCACACUGCUCAAGGACGGGCAGCACGACCUGAAGGGAGCGGAGGAGGUGAGGGUGCUCGUGGGGACGGUCAGGGACCUGGCUGAGAGCCAGGCCUGAGAGAGAGAGACUGGCAGCAGCUGUGGGGACAGAGCCUGCUGAUGGGGCAGCAGUGACCAGACAAGAAGCCAGGACCACGGCCACGUGAACCUAGCCCCAUGUAAUCCAUAAAUGAAGAGAUUGCGUAGUGCGGGGUCCCCACGGCCCAGGGCACGCCGAAGGCCCACGCUGACCCCAUUAGCACCAGCAGGUGCUCAGAGCGUUGGCUUGCUAAUGAGCUCUUUGCAGGGGGUGAGGUGACUGCACCUGGCUUGUAGCACUGUGAGUCUGCGAAUGGCCAGUGAAUGUGGAAAGCGGCUGCUGGGGGGAUUGGCAGCUACAGGGAUUGAACGUGGGGUCUCUGGGUCUAGACUAGAAAAAUGGCUCAACACCCCGCCCUCCCCCCUCACAAAACACCUGAGAAAACCCAUAAAGAGCUCAGCUUUGUGAGAAAAACCCUUAACCUUUCCUGAAAAAAUUCAGUGAUGCUGCAUUGUUGGGGGAGAACAGGCUCCGGGAAGAGGGUUGAACAUUCAACGGUCCCCCGCGGAGUUCCCAGCGCUGUUCCACGGCCCAAUGCCCAUGGGUGGGGGGGUGGGGACUGCAGGCUGUUGCCAGAAGUGCUCUCGCUGAGGGCGCCAGGCUAUGAGGGGCCUGGUAGGCGCCCACACUUUGGGCUCCAUCAAGGCUGGAUGAAAGGGAACAAAACAGGCCAUUCUGGUCAGGAUUGGCUUUGCUCUGAGCCUGCCGGGUUGGGUCAGGCUGGCUUCACGCCCCUGGGUUGGGUGUUUCCACACACAGCGGUUGUAGCGCUGUUGCUAUACAGUUGGGGGAGU